AUGUCGAAUAUCACUGAAAACAAACACAUUGCAGUGUUUCCUUUCCCCUUUAGCAGCCACCCCUUACCGGCCCUAAGCCUUACCAUCAAACUAGCUCUCCAUCUUCCAAACUGUUACUUCUCAUUCAUUGGCACCGCAAAAAACAACCAAUUGCUCUUCUCAAAAACCAAAACACCAAACAACAUCAAACACUACAAUGUAAGUGAUGGAAUCCCCGAGAAUCACGAACUAGUCCAUGGUAGUGAAGCCAAUCUCUACAUUCAAAGCGGGCAAGAGAAUUUUCAAAGAGGUAUAGACUUAGCAGUUUCAGAAACUAAAAUACCAAUCACUUGCAUUAUAGCAGAUGCUUUUAUAACACCAACUUUUGAUCUUGCUCAAACGUUGAAUGUUCCAUGGAUUCCUGUUUGGAUUCCGAUGUCAUGCUCACUAUCUGUUCAUUUUCAUGGUAACAUCAUUCGUGAACAUUGCACUGUUAAUGAUAGUAAAAAAACAUUGGAUUUUCUUCCUGGUUUAUCAGUGCUACGUGUUGAAGAUUUACCACAUGAUCCUCUCAUGACCAGUACUGAGAAAGAAACUGCGCUUACAGUAGCACUUGAAUCACUUUCUACAAUUCUACCUCAAGCUAAAGCAGUAGUUGUGAGUUUCUUUGAAGAAUUAGACUUACCACUUUUUGUUCAACACAUUAGAACUAAGUUACAACUAAUGCUUUAUGUUCCACUUUUUAAUUUGAAACCAAAAACACAACUAAAUGAUGAGAUUGAUGAAAGUGGAUGCAUGUCCUUUUUGGAGGUGCAAAAGGAAAAAUCAUUGAAAGUUGUCUUAAUUAGUUUUGGUAACACUGUGAUAGAACCAACAAAAGAUGAGAUUGUGGCAUUGGCAGAGGCAUUAGAAGAAAGUGGAUAUCCAUUCAUUUGGUCAUUGAAAGAGAAUCUAAGGAGUCUUUUACCAAAUGGGUUUCUUGAAAGGACAAAGACGCGUAGCAAAGUUUUGAAUUGGGUGCCUCAAAGUAGAAUUCUAGGACAUGAUAGUGUCGGUGCUUUUGUUUUUCAAGGUGGUUGUAACUCUAUGCUUGAGGGAAUGUCAAAUGGCGUGCCUAUGAUAUUUAGGCCUUAUUUUGCAGAUCAAGGGAUAAACGCAAGAUUGGCUGUGGAUGUUUGGGAGGUUGGUGUCAUAAUUGAAGGUAGGGCUUUUACCAAAAAUGGUUUGCUUAAAGGUUUGAAUUUGCUUCUUGUGGAGGAAGAGGGGAAGAGGUUUAAAGAAAAUUCUUUAAAGAUGAAGAACAUUCUUGAAGAAGCUGAUGGACCAAAAGGGCUUGCAACCAAGGAUUUCAAGAAACUUGUGGAGUUGGUUUCAAGCUCUUGA